AUGGUGGGUUUCUGGCACAGAUUGGGGACCAAAGGCAAAGCCUUUUACUCAGCGACGCUCUCACCGCCAUGUUCAAGCCCUCUCACUCUCCCUCACAUUUGGGUUCCCACCCAAACCUCACUCUCCCUCUCAUCUGGGUUUCACCCUGUGAAAACAGGAGCUACAGGGCAGACUCGGAGUGCUGCUGAAAUAAUGAGCGGAAAGCCAAUUGCAAAAGACAUAAAUUUGAGAGUAGCUGCUGAAAUAAGCAGAAUGAAAGCUGCCAUUGGAAGACUUCCUGGGUUGGCUGUGGUUUUGGUGGGCUACAGAGAGGACUCACACGCUUAUGUCCAUAUGAAGUUAAAAGCUUGUAAUGAAGUUGGGAUUGAAACUUCCUUUGUACAACUGCCUCAAGAUUGUACUCAAGAUCGACUUAUUGAUGUUGUUUCAAGUUUUAACAGCAACGCAUCUGUGCACGGUAUAAUUGUUCAACUUCCUCUGCCACAGCAUUUGGAUGAGGAAACGAUUAUAAAUUUCGUGAGUCCGGAAAAAGAUGUGGAUGGCUUUCAUCCCCUCAAUAUGGGGAAUCUUGCAUUGCGGGGAAGGGAGCCGUUAUUCAUCCCUUGUACCCCUAAGGCUUGCAUUGAGUUGUUGCUCAGAUAUCGUGUGGAGAUCAUUGGGAAGAAUGCAGUGGUAAUAGGGAGAAGCAAGGUUGCUGGGUUAUCCACUUCUUUCCUCUUGCAGAGGCACCACGCGACGGUUAGCACUCUCCAUUCAUUCACCAACAACCCAGAACAAAUUACUCGUCGAGCUGAUAUUGUUGUAUCAGAUGUUGGCAUUCCAAAUAUAGUCGGAUGCGAUUGGCUGAUGCCAGGGGCAGUUGUAGUCGACAUGGGGACAAAUUCAGUUAAGGUUGUUGUGAAGUUUGGUAAGUUUUCCUGUCCAUUUAAGUGCAAUAACAAAGGAACAAACUACUGUUCAUCUGCCAAGAAAGCAGUCAUUUCUGGUUGCGAUUACCAUAAAAUACUCAAUGCACCAGCAUUAGAGGGUGCAUUGGAAAAAAGUAUCCCAAAUCUUUUUAUUCUAUAUCUUUUGUCCAAAACGGAACAUUGA